AUGACCCUCCCUGCGCGUGUCAAAUGGCCUGAAAGCGAUUCGUUGUCGGCUCAUCUCGCCCCUUCAGCCACAGCAACUGGUCUUCGAAUCACGCCUUCCCUCCGAGAGGGAGGAAGCCGUGACGCCGCCUAUCGUCAGUCGGCAAAAUGGCGACGACUGCCGCCGGCAUGCGACGGCAUCGAAACUGAAUCAUGCAGGCGGCCAUCUUGCCUUGACGCUUUGGUGCCAUCGUCUCAGCCGCUCUUGGUUCGCCGCUCGGCUCGGCUCGGCUCGGCGACCUCGACUCCACUUUCGCUGUUGCGCGGCCCGCCCGACACUGCCGACCGGUUGCACCCGGCCUCCGCACCGAUUGCGUGGGCGUAUGCGUCUGAGCGACGCGAGUGGGCG